AACCCAAAUGUAAGUGUAUUUCAGAGAAAAUUUGUGAAUGAAGUAAAGAAGUGUGAAGAAAUGGAAAGAAUACUCGGGUAUUUAGUACAAGAAAUUAAAAAGGCAGAUAUUCCACUUCCUGAAGGAGAUGUUGCUCCUCCUGCACCCUUGCUGAAGCACAUUUUAGAAAUCCAGGAACAGUUGCAGAAGCUGGAGACAGAAUUGAGGGAAGUAACUAAAAACAAAGAAAAAUUGAAGAAAAAUCUGCUUGAACUGACAGAAUACACAUGCAUGUUAGAGGUCACACAAAGAUUUGUCAGGAGAACAGCUGAGUAUGAAUCCCAUUUACAUGUGAAUUAUGAAGAAUUCCCAUCUGUGGAGAAUGAGCCAUUAGUGGAUUACAACUGCAUGCACAGACUGGGUGCCAAGCUGGGAUUCAUAUCUGGGUUAGUUCACAUGGCAAAAGUUGAAGCAUUUGAAAAAAUGCUGUGGAGGGUCUGUAAAGGCUAUACUAUUCUUACGUAUGCAGAGUUGGAUGAGUGUCUGGAAGAUCCAGAUACAGGCGAAACCACGAAAUGGUUUGUUUUUUUAGUGUCCUAUUGGGGUGAACAGAUUGGGCAGAAAGUUAAGAAGAUUUGUGAUUGCUAUCACUGUCAUGUGUAUCCCUAUCCAAAUAACAUGGAAGAGCGCAGGGCAGUUGUUGAAGGACUAAAUGUUCGUAUUCAGGAUCUUCACACUGUGCUGCAUAAAACCGAGGAUUACUUACGCCAGGUCUUGUGUAAAGCAUCUGAAUCAGUCUAUACGUGGGUUAUCCAAGUGAAGAAGAUGAAAGCCAUUUACCAUGUACUCAACCUGUGCAGCUUUGAUGUCACAAAUAAAUGUUUAAUUGCUGAGGUUUGGUGUCCAGUGGCUGAUCUGCAAAAUCUGCGCCACGCAUUGGAGGAAGGUUCAAGGAAGAGUGGAGCUACAAUUUCUUCAUUCAUGAAUACCAUCCCAACAACACAACCUCCUCCAACUUUGAUACGUACCAAUAAAUUCACCUCAGGGUUCCAAAACAUUGUUGAUGCUUACGGAGUUGGAAACUAUGGGGAAGUUAAUCCAGCUCUCUAUACCAUCAUCACUUUUCCCUUCUUGUUUGCGGUUAUGUUUGGAGACUUUGGGCAUGGUCUGCUAAUGCUUAUAUUUGCACUCCUGACAAUACUGUAUGAAAACCACCCUAGAUUGCAAAGAUCACAAGAUGAGAUAAUGAAAAUGUUAUUUGAAGGCCGAUACGUUAUUUUAUUAAUGGGUCUGUUUUCUGUAUACACUGGAUUGAUCUAUAAUGACUGUUUUUCGAAGUCACUAAAUAUAUUUGGUUCUGGAUGGAAUGUUUCGGCAAUGUUUGAACAGAAGGUUUGGCGUCUUGAGGAUCUGAAGUCUAAUCAAUUUUUAACACUGGAUCCAAACGUUACUGGUGUAUACAAUGGAGCUUAUCCCUUUGGAAUUGAUCCGAUAUGGAGUUUGGCAAGCAACCGGCUCAGUUUUUUAAAUUCUUUCAAAAUGAAAAUGUCUGUGAUUUUUGGAGUGACUCACAUGACGUUUGGAGUUGUAUUGGGGCUAUUUAACCACUUGUAUUUCAAGAAGAAAUAUAAUAUUUAUUUGGUUUUUCUUCCUGAACUUUUAUUCAUGAUGUCCAUCUUUGGCUACCUUGUGUUUAUGAUCUUCUUUAAAUGGUUAGCAUACUCUGCAGAGGACUCUACAUCUGCUCCUAGUAUUCUGAUUCAGUUUAUUAACAUGUUCCUGUUUACUGGUGGUGAAACAGAGGUCUUCUACACCGGACAGGUUGCUCUGCAGAGGUUUUUACUCAGCAUUGCUUUUCUUUCUGUUCCUGUAAUGCUUUUUGGUAAACCACUUUAUUUAUAUUGGUUGCACAGUGGAGGCCAAGGCAUUAGAAUGUACAGGAGUGGCUACAAGUUAAUUCGAAAAGAAAGUGAAGAAGAGCUUUCUUUGCUGAGAUGUCAUGAUGUAGAAGAAGGAAGCAGUCAUUCAGACAGUGGGCACAGAGAGGGGGAUGGAGAAGAGCUUAAUUUUGCAGAUGUUUUUAUGAAUCAAGCAAUUCAUACCAUUGAAUACUGUCUAGGAUGUAUUUCUAAUACGGCCUCAUAUCUGAGACUCUGGGCAUUAAGUCUUGCUCAUGCACAGUUAUCAGAAGUUCUGUGGCAAAUGGUGAUGAGAGUGGGUCUUCGUGUAGAUACAACAUAUGGUGUCUUACUGCUAGUCCCUGUUCUAGCCUUUUUUGCUGUGCUAACCGUUUUUAUUCUUUUGGUCAUGGAGGGGCUUUCUGCUUUUCUCCAUGCUAUACGACUUCACUGGGUGGAAUUUCAGAACAAAUUCUACUCUGGUGGAGGAUACAAGUUUACGCCUUUCUCUUUUAAGCACAUUUCUUUACAUUUUAAUAAAGAUGAUAUGGCAUAGUUUGGUUGCUGUCGACAGAAAUGUUUGGAAUUGUCUGCAAAUAAUCAUGUGAUUGGAUCUCACCUAUGAAUGGUUUCUUGUAGGACAAAGUGUUUUUCACUGAUUGCCUUAUAAUGCAGCCAAAUAAUUCUGUAAUAUAUACCUCCCAUAGAACUACAUAGCAGAUCUGGAGCAUCUUGUAAAGUAUAUAGAUAUAAAAUGUACAUUUUUCUUGAUAAACUAAUGUUGUAAAUUAAUUUUAUUCUUAAAAAAA